GGCGCUGCCUCGCGAGCAUGUGGCGGCGAGGGGGGCUCGGCCGGGCGCCGCGCGGUUGCCUCUUAGCAGCCCUGCUGGUGGCGGCGCUCUGCGUAAGCCCCGGGGCUGCGGGGGCGCCUCCUGCGGCCGGGGGCGCCGAAGCUCGGUGCGAAGUGUGUCAAGAUUUUUUGGAAAGAUUUUACAGUUCUUUGAAAGAAAAACAUUCUGAUUUCUCCAUGGCAUCUAUAGAGGAAGAAUUAAUUAAGACUUGCAUGAAUACAAAAGGCAAAGAAAACCGCUUGUGCUAUUACCUUGGGGCUACAGGAGACGCAGCCACCAAGAUCAUUAGUGAAGUCAGUCGUCCAAUGAGUGGCCAUGUCCCUGUGACAAAAAUCUGCGAGAAGCUGAAGAAAGUAGAUAUUCAGAUUUGUGAACUCAAACAUGAAAGACAGCUUGAUUUAACUUCGGUAGAUCUAUCCAAGAUGAGAGUGGCUGAGUUGAGAAAGAUCCUGGAUAGCUGGGGAGAAAUUUGCAGAGCUUGUGCUGAAAAAACAGACUUUGUGAACCUUAUUAAGGAGCUUGCACCCAAACAUACAGCUCCAGCUGCUAGAGCUGACCUUUGAUGGAUGCCACUUGCCGUGAGCACAUGAAUGCUUACUACACAGCCUAAAGAGUGACGUCAUGACUGGAUUUCAUUCACUGGGACACUUCCGAAGAAACAGCUUUAAGAACUUGCUGCUAGAAGUUCACGGACCUCAAGGACCUCUGUAGUAAAGUAGAAGGAGAAAGAGUUCACUAGAUGGAAAGAUGGACAUGAUCAGUGACUAGACAAGAAAGACUUCCCAAUCUUAAAAGCACAGAAAAAAUUUGUAGAAUCUUUUGCAGUUUGAUUAACAGACCCAGACUUGAAGCACAGUAGAGGAUUGCUGGGAGGGAAGCUCAAAAUAAGAAGUGGUUUGUCUAGAUUUCAGUCCCUGCCUCCACCUCGGCUAGGUGAUGGCCUGGUGACCUGUUUGGAUCGCAGUUAAUGUGCCCCCGAUUGGUGGAGUCCCCUGCUUACUUUCUCCUCCCAUCCAUGCAAGGAAAUGGUGAUCUUGGGGUGUCUGUGUGUGAGAUCAAAAUCAUCAAGAUGGCAGAUGGUGCAUUACAAUGCAGGCCCUCCCCCUUUUGUGCAUGUGUUGACAUCACAUGCAUGUUUGAAGUGGGCAGGGCUUGCAUCGUGACACUCCUUCUGCCACCUGGUUGAUUUUGUCCCCUCCCCUGCAGGUGCCACUGCAGGAAAACAAGUGCCACCUGCUUUCCCUUCCAUGGGUAUGUCUUUUGUGGACUGGUAAAAAAGCAGUAACCACGACCACUGUUUUAUAGUGCUUCCAGUCCCUUGGUCUCAAAGGGGAAACUUGGCAGAACUUUUUAUCAGUUUCCCCCUGUAUGAAAAAAGAAAACAGAGAAAUGGCCAACAUUUUACUUUUCAACGGCUGACUCUGUCAAAAGAGAAGGAAGCAAAGACCCAACCUUUCUGGGCAGGCAGCCAAGCUGCCCACUCUGAAAUAGCCAUCGAAGGCAAAGAGCAGGAGCGAGGGGGAAUUGUGAAUUUCUUCAGAUCUUUGUCACUGAACAUUAUCCAGGUUUUCCAUGAGUUCUACUAAUACAUAACUGAGGUCUGAACACCACAGUUGUGAAGAUUUGGGGGCUACAUGGAUCUUUGGUCUGGUGGAAGCCAAACAGUGCAUUCCACCACAAAACUCUCAUGUCGUCAGGUGGGCUUUGGAGAUCUGAAUGAUGAUCCACUUUCUGAUGCACAUGACUCUCUUCAUUUGCUUGCUCCGCUUUGGCCUCUUCUAUGCGCAAUCUCCAGGUGACUCUGCUGUUCAGUUUGAUGCAGUUCUGUGACCAUGCUUUGUGUCUGGGCGUUUAACAUAGCUUGAAGCCUUCUAGCUUUGCUAAGUGCCUUGACUCAUAGAAGGUUAUCACUUGUUUUCCUUGUGGUUUGGUUUUCUGCCCACUUUCUCUGUUCUUUUGAGGUCCUUUUGAUUUGGAUUUAUAUAAGAGUUUUCUUUUCUUUUUCCCUUUGGGAUUGGAAGCCCCCUGACCUAAAGGUUUAGAUAUACAGCCUCGUGACCCAUGCCCAUAUGGGCUUGUGGAGAAGGCUCAACUCCUGAGCAUAUCCUAGUCUGUGUUUAUCAGGACCUGAGCGGAACAGGUCAUGCAAGAAGAAUCUCCGGUAUGAUGCAGUUGAAGCAGUUUGCCACGAAGGAACGGGCCCUUAGCAGCGAUGUGAAAGCCUGAAGCAUUGGGCUGCAGUUAGUGAAGCUAAAGUUGGUACUGGGGUGUCUGCAGGAAGGGGGUCAAGAUCAACAUCAAUCAUUUGAUCAAAGCCCCUGUUUUUACAUGGAUCACAUUUAUGUGUGUUAAUGGGAAGGGGGUUGGCCGCGGCUUUACUCUGAUGUAUUCAGUCCAUUUGUUCACACUAAAAUUUUAAUUGUACUUUCUCUUGUUUCAAAAACAACGUAAGUGGCUUUAUGAGCAUGCCUGUUGGAGUUGACAUACCCCCUAAUAUAUAAAGCAAUAAUUUUCCAUUGUAAAUAAAUGUUUGACGUGUGUAGUUUUUUUAUGUACAUCCUACUCUACGGCUAAAAUGCUCAAGGCAGCCUACGGUAUGUGGUUCUUUUCCUGAGCCAUUUUAUUCUUUUUCAAAAAUUCUACUGCAAGUUUUAAAAGAGAGAUGUGAAGACAA